CGGAGCGGACGAUGCGGCGCCACCUCCGCGCGGGGGGGACUGCGCUGCUCUGCUCGGCCCUGGGCCUGUGCCUCCUCCUCCUUUACGUCUUGCAAGAAACGGCCGAGGCCCAGGAAGGACUUGGGGCGGCGGGAGGCGCGGCGCACCGGCCCCGGAUGGCGUUGCAAACCGACGCUCGGCCGGUCAGGGAAGCGGGCCCGAGGCCGGACAGGUGUAAGGAUUUGUCUGUGUCUUUCUGGAAUCCGUAUUGGAUGCUGCCCACUGGUCUUUGCGCGGUGAACUGCUUUUGGGAAUCUGCGUUUAGACAUGGAGCAAGACGGUACCCUGCAGCCUCAUCAGAAAACAACUUGGGGCGGAUGCAUCUGGCCGUGGUAGCUUGUGGAGAACGAUUGGAGGAAACUCUAACUAUGUUGAAGUCUGCAGUUUUAUUUCGUCAGAAACCACUUCAUUUCCACAUCUUUGCAGAGGAUCAACUGCAUGAUAAAUUCAAAGGCACAUUGGAAUCGUGGGAAAUACCAUUCAAUCAGAAGUUCAGUUACACUAUCUACCCAAUAACAUUUCCAACUGAGAAUGUAGGCGUGUGGAAGAAGCUGUUUAAACCCUGUGCUUCCCAGAGACUCUUUCUACCUUUGAUCCUCAAGGAGGUGGAUUCUUUGCUGUACGUGGACACAGAUAUUCUUUUUUUACGCCCAAUGGAUGACAUAUGGGCAUUUCUGGAAGAGUUCAAUCAUACUCAGAUUGCUGCAAUGGCUCCAGAACAUGAGGAACCACGGAUUGGGUGGUAUAAUCGAUUUGCCAGACAUCCAUAUUAUGGAAAGACUGGUGUCAACUCUGGAGUUAUGUUAAUGAACAUGACACGUAUUCGGAAGCAAUACUUCAAAAAUGAUAUGACUGCAGCUCAGCUAAAAUGGGAAGAUUUGCUUCUACCGCUGUUGAAGAAAUACAAGUUGAACAUAACCUGGGGAGACCAAGAUUUACUGAAUAUUGUCUUCCACUACAACCCAGAAAGCCUAUUUGUUUUUCCAUGUCAAUGGAAUUAUCGUCCUGACCACUGUAUGUAUGGCAGUAACUGCAAAGAAGCAGAAGAGGAAGGAAUCUUUAUUCUUCAUGGGAAUCGUGGGGUUUACCAUGAUGAAAAGCAACCAGCCUUUCGGGCCAUCUAUGAAGCAAUACGAGAUGUAAGUUCUGUGCCCAGAAAUAUAGGUCUCAAAAUGUGGAAAUACUUAAUUACCCUUAUUAGAAAUGAUGCUGAAGGAAUCCAUUUUAACACAGCAAAAAUCCAUUGCCUAAAAUGUAGUCAGUGCAACUUCUGCCAAAUCUGGUGCUGUUCUGUUUUAGCAGGAAGUUUAUUUGAGUAAUUCCAAACGUUACAGUUUUCCUAUGUUGAAAUAUCAUGCUGAGGCAGUUAUUUUUCACCAAAAAUCAAUAAUAAUGGCCUUGUAAUUAGUGUAAUGCACAUAGACCCAUUUUUUCUUCCUUUGUUACAGCAAUGUAACAUCAAUUAAGGCACUGCUUCAACAAAUAAUGAACUUCUGAAAGUGUACAAUUCUCCGUUCAAUAUGUGCAGCAGCUGUGAACUUAAUUUGGUCUGUUGUAAUAAACCAUAAUACUCAGUAAACUGGUACAAAGGAAGAUGGUGAAAUUCCAAAUAUUAGGUGCACUUCUCUGUAAAUCUGUAUUUUCAUCUGAUCAGAUAUUNAAAGCUUGUAUGCUUCUUUUAAAGAAAUUACCUUUGUAAAUCAUCUUAAUUUGCAUUAUUUUUGCAAUAAGAUUAUGGUAUUGACCAAGAUUACUGUAAUCUGCAAAGAAAUAAUUGGGGAAUCUCAAGAAUUUAAUGCAAAUGCUUGGUGUAGUGCUUCAUGGAGGCUUCAGUGUAUGUCCUCAAAGGUAAUAUUGUAACAUAAUGCAGCAUUUUCAAUAUUUGGAUUUAAUGCAUUGUUAAAAUAAGAAAAUGCUGUUGGCUGCCACCCCAUGUUUCUGAUGUUCCUGUUUUAAGGUUUCCGAUGCUACUAUCUGUAUUAAGGAGAUUGUUCACUCUGCUCACAGAAAUAGUAGAUUUAGGAAACUGCAAUGGGAAGUAUGGCUAACCAAGGGUUUCUCAUACCUCCUCUUUCACAAUAGGUAUGAUAGCAACUCAGCCACUUGGCUCUAUCCGCUCCAGAAUGUAACAUUUUCAGUCAUUGGCUGCGAGGCUCCAAACCACAGCGAGAGCUUCCACUGAGCCAGCCUCAGAGAGAUCCGACUCUUUCAUUUUGAAAGCCAGAAAAGCAGUAUUUUGGCUACACAUUUGCCUGUCAGAGUUGGGGAAGUUGUGCUUGUUGGGUUGGCACAUGCUAAAACAUUAAGCUGUCAUUUUAAAGUGCUUUGCACGCUUAGUGACUUGUGUAAACUUCAGGAAAUUUGAUAUAAUGUUUUGCAUAACAGUUAAGAAUCAGAAUCGAACUUCUGGGACAAAAAAGAUAAUUUAUGUUUGAUCACAGAAAAUUUGCAAACAGUUGAUUAUACAACACCACCACCAACAAAAUUACAUUUAUAGAGCGCCUUUCACGUCGGGAGGACGUCCCAAAACGCUGAUUAUAGUUCUGUUGUAAGCUUCCACUGCUUUGUCUUAUCACUUGAAGAUUGUCUAAAACUCGAUGAAAACAAAGGAAAAAAAAUCGAUAUGAGCUGGUGCAUCAAUGCUGUUUGCAAUUUACAUAAUAGAAAUGAAGGUAUCUACUGUUCAGGAGUUGAACUAUUGAUUGCAGGCGAUCAUUUGUCCUGUGAGUGUCAUAAAAGCAAUGCACACAAAGUGCUUUCAUUACCAAGUACAAUUUCCUUGAUGAUACUGUUUUGUGUUCUGUGUAUAUCAGCAAUGAAGUCAGAAUAUGUGAACACUGAAAAGAUUAAGGAAAUUACAAAGAAUAUGAAAUAAUUUAUUAAAGAAAUUGGUGCUUUUCGCAAAAUAAAGGCUGUGAAUAACCAAUUAUCACAUGGAAAACAAUGCUAUACAAUACAAAUUUAUAUUUAUACAGCACCUUUCACGUUCAGACUACAUCCUUGUCUGAACGUGAAAAACUUGACAGUCUUUGCUUGGCCCCCGAGCUGGGUUAUUUAUUGACUGAGGCACACGGUACAAUGUGUAAAAUGAUAAAUGCACAUUUAAGAAAUUGUAAUAAAAUGGAUUUUUCAAGAU